GGGAGAGGGAGAGAGCGAGCACCACUCGUGGGGUUAAAACCCCAAGAACUGCAUUGGAGCAGCAGCACAAGGCGCAGAAGCUGCAGCAAGAAGAACAGCACCGAGAACAAGAAGUGCACUUCCCCUCCCUCUCUCUCGCUUCUACUCCCUAGUAGCACGAGCAGCCAGGAAGCUACAGGCAAGAAGCAGCAGCAGCAGCAGAGGCAGCUUGCUCGCCACCGGCGGCGGCGGGCGGAUCUGCCGUGGAGCCACGGCCGGGUCCUCCGGAGCCGGGAGCAGCCGUUCCGGAGCCCGUGGCGGCGAGAUCUGAGGCGCCGCUGCCUUCUCGCAAUCGGGAGGCGCGCUUCUUUGCCUAGCUCCCGCGGCCGCAAAGGCGGCGCAUUCCCGCCGCCGCCGCCGCCUGCUCCCGAAGGCCUCCCGGAGGCGGGGCUGGGGCGCUUGGAUCGAGAGGCUCGAAAAUUCGGAGUUCCCGGAUCGAAAAGGACCGCGCGUUCGGGCCGGGUGCGGCGGAGCGGAGGCAAGAGGUUUGGCUUGGCCGGUUUGGGGGAGGAGACAGCGAUGGUGAUGCUGUUUGGAAGCGCUCGUGAUUUGGUGUAGAAACAGGAAAACAAAGCCUCUUUCGUUUUCUCUGCUCCCUCGCCUCUCCGUCUCGUGGGCUCCUGUGUUGCCUUCUAGCUCUCUCGUCAAGCAUGAAUCUCUCGCCGUCCGCCGCCGGCGGCGGUGGCCUGCCGGAUCAGCCGGCGUCGCCCGAAGCAUCAGAAGAGCACAGGUGCCUAAAUUCAGAGUUGUGGCACGCCUGUGCCGGACCCCUCGUUUCUUUGCCUGCAGUCGGCAGCCGGGUGUUGUAUUUUCCUCAAGGUCACAGUGAGCAGGUAUCGGCAUCAACAAACAAGGAAAUGGAGUCGCAGAUCCCCAACUAUCCGAAUCUGCCUCCACAGCUUAUAUGCCAACUGCAUAAUGUGACCAUGCACGCUGAUGCAGAGACAGACGAGGUCUAUGCACAAAUGACGUUACAGCCACUCAGCCCACAAGAACUCAAGGACCCAUUUCUACCUGCUGAGUUGGGCAAUGCUAGCAAACAACCAACGAAUUAUUUCUGCAAAACAUUAACUGCAAGUGAUACCAGUACCCAUGGUGGAUUCUCUGUUCCCCGCCGAGCAGCGGAGAAGGUGUUUCCUCCGCUGGAUUUCACUCAGCAGCCUCCAGCACAGGAGUUGGUGGCAAAAGACCUUCAUGGCAAUGAGUGGAAAUUCCGCCAUAUCUUUCGAGGUCAACCAAAGCGGCAUCUUCUGACGACAGGUUGGAGCGUCUUUAUAAGUGCGAAGAGACUGGUCGCUGGAGACUCUGUCCUAUUUAUCUGGAAUGACAACAAUCAGCUGCUUCUGGGAAUACGUCGAGCAAAUAGAUCGCAGACGGUUAUGCCAUCAUCAGUAUUGUCUAGUGACAGCAUGCAUAUAGGUCUUCUUGCUGCAGCUGCUCAUGCUGCAUCAACAAAUAGCCGGUUCACUAUUUUCUAUAAUCCAAGAGCAAGCCCUUCGGAGUUUGUCAUACCAUUGGCUAAGUAUGUAAAGGCUGUGUACCAUACCCGUAUAUCUGUGGGCAUGCGUUUCCGGAUGCUUUUCGAGACAGAAGAAUCCAGUGUCAGGCGAUACAUGGGAACAAUUACAGGAAUAAGUGACCUUGAUCCUGCUCGUUGGCCGAACUCACACUGGCGUUCUGUUAAGGUUGGAUGGGAUGAGUCAACUGCUGGAGAGAGGCAACCAAGGGUGUCUCUUUGGGAGAUUGAGCCUCUGACGACUUACCCGAUGUAUUCAUCUCCUUUCCCUAUGCGGCUGAAGCGGCCUUGGCCAACAGGAUUGCCUUCCUUAUAUGGUACAGGUGGAAAGGAGGAUGACUUGACCUCUUCUCUCAUGUGGCUUCGAGAUGGAGCAAACCCAGGUUUUCAGUCAUUCAAUUUUGGUGGACUUGGUAUGAGUCCUUGGAUGCAGCCAAUGAUGGAUAGUUCCCUACUUGGUCUGCAACCUGACAUGUACCAAGCAAUGUCAGCAGCAGCUUUUCAGAACACGACGAAGCAAGUAUCGCCUACACUGCUGCAGUUCCAGCAGCCUCAGAACAUUGCUGGUAGAUCUGCUCUUCUAUCGAGUCAGAUUCUGCAGCAAGUGCAGCCUCAGUUUCAGGAGAUGCACCACCAAAACAUCAAUGACAGUGCAAUCCAAGGCCAUAAUCAGUCUGAGUACCUCCAGCAACAGCUUCAGCGCUGCCAAUCCUUUAAUGGGCAGAAAUCGCCGCCGCCGCAGCAGCAAGAAUCACACCACCAGCACCAGCAGCAACAGUCACAGUGCAUGCAAACACCACAACAUCAACAAAUGCAAGAACAGAAGCACUCGCCUGACUUUCAGUGUGUACCAAAUGGGUUGUCGGUUUUCUCCCAGCUUUCCUCCACCAAUCAGUCUCCACCUUCCACAUUGCAGACAGUCUCAGCGUUCUCACAGCAGCAGAACCUUCAAGACAGAAAUAUCAGCUCUCUUUCUCCAUCGAACGUCCCGUCCAUGCAUGACACAUUGAGACCAUUUCCUUCAGAAGCAGGUUCGAACCUCCAAGGCGUGCCAAGAACCACCCCUGUGCCUGUCUCUGACCCAUGGUCAUCUAAGCGGGUUGCAAUGGAGUCUGUGAUCCCUUCUAGCUCUCAUGUUAACUCGCCGCAUAUACAACACCUGGAUUCAGCGCCUUCUAAUAUACCACAAAGCUCCUCAUUAGCACCAUUGCCUGGAAGAGAGUGCUUGGUGGAUCAAGAUGGGAAUUCUGAUAAUCAAAAUCACCUCUUAUUUGGUGUUAAUAUAGACUCUCAGUCACUUCUAAUGCAAGGUGGCAUUCCCAGCCUUCAGGAGGACAAUGGUUGCAUUGCAAGCCUUCAGGACGACAAUGAUUCGAGCACGAUUCCAUAUUCCACGUGCAAUUUCCUGAGCCCUUCUCAGAAUGAUUUUCCGUUGAAUGAAGCACUAGCUAGUUCAGGCUGCUUAGAUGAAUCAGGAUACGCGUCAUUUUCGGAAAAUUCUGAUCAUGUAAAUCAACCGACUGCAGCGUUCGUGAAGGUGUACAAAUCUGGAGCCUUUGGAAGGUUGCUGGACAUCACUAAGUUUAGCAGCUACCAUGAACUUCGUAGCGAGGUAGGGCGCCUAUUUGGCCUUGACGGCCAGUUGGAGGACCCUGCAAGAUCAGGCUGGCAGCUUGUAUUUGUUGACCGAGAGGAUGAUAUCCUUCUAGUUGGCGAUGAUCCGUGGCAGGAAUUCGUCAACAGCGUAUCUUGCAUAAAGAUACUUACGCCACAGGAGGUGCAGCAGAUGGGAAAGCAGGGCAUCGACCUCCUGAGCUCGGCUCCUGCGAGGAGGCUCGGCAACAGUUGUGAUAACUACGCUGGCAGGCAGGAAUCGAGAAGCCUGAGCACCGUAAUCGCGUCGGUGGGUUCUGUCGAGUUCUGAAGAUAUGGAGCCUGCGACCCUCGGCUUUUAAGUAUGUUUCUGCAGCUCGUCCUAGUCUUGUGAACUGGAACCAAAGCACAUAGAUCAAGUGUAGCGCAAAGCCGUCAGCAUUCCGAUGUUUAUGUCAUGCGUGUGAUAUAGACCAUUUUAGUAGUAACUAUGACAUAUUUGGUAUGCACGCCGAUGCGGAUUUGUUCCGCGGAAUACCAAUGCUGUUGAUGUAGGGCCUCUAAUAUUAGACUCCUUACCCGUGUUGCCUAAUGUUUGUUUUGGUCAUGUUCUGUGCACUGAUAGUGUUCUGGUUCCACAAUGUAACUAUUGACGAUGUUAGCCGAGGAUAAGCCUUUAUGCUGUGGUAAAACUCCCCACAGUUUAGUAGGAGUUUAUUGCAUGAAAUUAUGUUAGUGACUAGUGAGCUAA